AUGUCUCAUACUCAACCAUCACCCACCACGGGCGUGGCUCCUCACCAUGCGGCAGCGCAUCUCGCAGCGCAUGCGCAGGCGCAGGCGCAGGCCAAUGGCCACAUGUCAGCAAUUCCUGUCCAAGGACAAAAGGGAGUCCCUUCUCUCACCACCGCACAGAAGAUCGCCACACUCAAUGAACAAGUCUGGCUUCAAAUAGGCAGCUUGACCGAACUGAUGGGCGAUCUCGAAGGUGCGAUGAAUGCUUACGAGCAGGCCCUGCGUCAUAAUCAAUGGUCUAUCUCAGCAAUGAAUGCUAUUUCGUGCAUUCUCAGAACAAAGGAGCAGUUCCCCAAGGCAAUUGAGUACUUGCAAAAUAUUUUGAAGUUGGAUCCAAGCAAUGGAGAGACUUGGGGUAGCUUGGGUCACUGCCACCUCAUGAUGGAUAAUUUGCAAGAGGCAUACACCUCUUACCAGCAAGCCCUUUACCACUUGCGCGACCCUAAGGAACCCAAGCUGUGGUAUGGAAUUGGUAUCUUGUAUGAUCGCUAUGGUUCUUUGGAUCAUGCGGAGGAGGCUUUCUCGCAAGUGAUGCGCAUGUCACCCGAGUUCGAGAAGGCCAAUGAGAUCUACUUCCGCCUGGGAAUCAUAUACAAGCAGCAACAGAAGUUUAACCAGAGUUUGGAGUGCUUCAAAUACAUUGUUAGCGAUCCCCCACGCCCUCUGACCGAAGAAGACAUCUGGUUCCAGAUUGGCCAUGUUCACGAGCAACAGAAAGACUUUGAGUCUGCUCAAUCCGCUUACCAGCGUGUCCUUGAGCGGGAUCCAAACCACGCCAAAGUUCUCCAGCAACUUGGAUGGCUCUACCACCAGCAGAGCAAUGCCUUCCAAAGCCAAGAGAAGGCCAUCCAGUUUUUGGAGAAGUCCGUCAAUGCUGAUAACAAUGACGCUCAAAGCUGGUACCUCCUCGGUCGUUGCUACAUGUCCAUGGCGAAAUACCCCAAGGCGUACGAAGCCUAUCAGCAAGCGGUCUAUCGCGAUGGCCGGAACCCUACCUUCUGGUGCUCGAUUGGUGUUCUUUACUACCAGAUCAACCAAUACCGCGAUGCUCUCGACGCCUACUCUCGUGCGAUCCGCCUAAACCCUUACAUUUCGGAGGUUUGGUAUGACCUGGGCACUUUGUACGAAUCAUGCAACAACCAGAUCGCCGAUGCCCUGGAUGCCUACGGACGCGCCGCAGAUCUGGAUCCGAGCAACGUUCACAUCAAGGCUCGUCUGCAGCUUCUUCAGAGUCAGUUGUCUGCUGGCACGGCUGGACAACAGCCGCCCACUGCUCCCGCGCCUCAGCCGCAGGAUGUUCAUCCUCAGGCUUAUCAGGCGCCUGGCGUUGGUGCACCUCCAGCUCCUCAGUGGGGCGCCCCAGCCCCCAUCGGUCCCCCUCCACAAGCUCCUGCUCCCCCAAGACAGAUUCCUGACUGGAACCGCGGUAUCAACGAGCUUCAGUCUCAGGGCCAAGCUCCCCCGUCUAACGGUCUUGACCAGCGCGAUGUCCGGAUCACCGGUGUUCCUGCUCAGAGUCCUCGACAGGAGCCUGGCCGGGCGUUCCCGGAUCCCCGUGGCGCGCCUCGCUCGCCACCAAAGAUGGGUGAUCCAAAUGCCUACCCGCCGCCUCACACACUACCUCAGCUUGGAAACGCUCCUGGUCCAGGCCACGAACGCGCUCCCAGUGGUGGUAAUGCCUUUGGUGCCCCGCGAGGUGCUUUGCCGACUGGUCUGCCUGUCGCUCCUCCUGGCCCCCCUGGACCUCCCGGGCCCAAUGGCGGUGCUCCCCCUCAUCCUCCCCCUUACCAGAACCGUCCUUUCAGUCCUGCUCCUGAAAUUCGCCCUAUUCGCGAUGAGCGUCCCUCUUCGCCGGGCUCAGGGUACCCUCUCCAACAGUUCCACCCCGGUCCUACCCUCCCCCCACAAGUUCCAGGUGGUAACUCCAUCGCCUCUGGUGCUCCGGCUCCUCCUUCGGCUGCUACUGCUGCUGAGGCUGCCCUCCGUGAUCGCGAAGAUCGCCCCGCAUCUGCGAUGAAGCGCGGCCGCGAAUGGGAGGCUGAUACUGGUCCAGUCAAGAAGCAUGCAAAUGAAGAGAGCCGUGCUCGUCUGGAUGACCAGAACAACCGCCGCCCGAGCCCGCCCGCUCGCUUGCCUUCUCCUGGUGAGAUGCAACGACGAAGCUCCUCUGAGGCUCGCCGCGAGGACGCCCGUCGUGCCAAUGAGAACUACCACCCCUCAGAGGCUGCUCACCACCCUCCUACUCUGCCUUCGAUCCAAGACAUGCCUCCCCGUCCUUCUGCUGGCCCCAGUCUUCCCCCGAUGGCCGAGGGCACUGCACCAGCACCCAACGCCCCUCCCUCUGGGCCUCCUUCCGCCAACACCCCGGUCAAGGAAGAGCCUCCUCGCCCCGAGGCUCCUCCUGCGCACGAGCCCCCCGCGCGCAAAAUGGAUGUUGAUGAAGACUACGAUGAUGAAGUUGAGGAAGAAAAGAAGGCCGCUGCUGCUUCCAAAGGCAGUCCCAACGGCAGCGCUGCUGGCAACCCAGCCAAUGGUGCCGGAAAUGCCCGUGCCAGUACUCCAUCCAAGGUCGAGCCAACGGUUAGCCCACACACCAAGCGUGCAAAAUCAACUUCGACAUUUCCAGAUCGUCCUCCCACCACCUCGACGACUAACGAUAACAGGGUCAAGAUGAGUCACCGGAAGUACGAAGCGCCUCGUCACGGCUCCCUUGCCUACCUCCCGCGCAAGCGCGCUGCCCGUCACCGUGGUAAGGUUAAGAGCUUCCCCAAGGAUGAUGCCAAGAAGCCCGUCCACCUUACUGCCUCCAUGGGCUACAAGGCCGGUAUGACCACCAUCGUCCGUGACCUUGACCGUCCUGGUGCCAAGAUGCACAAGAAGGAGGUUGUCGAGGCCGCCACCGUCAUCGAGACCCCUCCUCUCGUCGCCGUCGGUGUCGUCGGUUACAUCGAGACUCCCCGUGGUCUCCGCUCUCUCACCACUGUCUGGGCUGAGCACCUGAGCGACGAGGUCAAGCGUCGCUUCUACAAGAACUGGUACAAGUCCAAGAAGAAGGCCUUCACCAAGUACGCCAAGUCCCACGCCGAGAGCUCCGGUGCCUCCAUCACCCGCGAGCUUGAGCGCAUCCAGAAGUACUGCACUGUCGUCCGUGUGCUCGCCCACACCCAGAUCCGCCAGACUCCUAUCAAGCAGAAGAAGGCCCACCUUAUGGAGAUCCAGGUCAACGGUGGCUCCAUCUCCGACAAGGUCGACUUCGCCCGCAACCUCUUCGAGAAGACCAUCGAUAUCGAUUCCAUCUUCGAGAAGGACGAGAUGAUUGAUGUCAUCGCCGUUACCAAGGGUCACGGUUUCUCCGGUGUCACCUCCCGUUGGGGUACCACCAAGCUGCCCCGCAAGACUCACAAGGGUCUGCGUAAGGUCGCCUGUAUUGGUGCUUGGCACCCUAACCACGUCCAGUGGACUGUUGCCCGUGCCGGUCAGGACGGAUACCACCACCGUACCUCUUGCAACCACAAGAUCUUCCGCAUUGGAAAGGGUACCGAUGAGGGUAACGCCUCCACCGAGUUCGACAUCUCCAAGAAGCAGAUCACCCCCAUGGGUGGUUUCGUCCACUACGGUGAGGUCAAGAACGACUUCGUCAUGGUCAAGGGCUGUGUUCCCGGUGUCAAGAAGCGUGUCAUGACUCUGCGCAAGACUCUGUACCCCCAGACUUCCCGCAGGGCCACCGAGAAGGUCGAGCUCAAGUGGAUCGAUACCUCCUCCAAGUUCGGUCACGGUGCUUUCCAGACCUUCGAGGAGAAGAAGGCCUUCAUGGGUACCCUCAAGAAGGACCUUGUGGAGACUGUUUAA